AUGUUGUUCGACUCAACUCUUGACGUCCCCCCUCUGCCAUCGAGUGACGUAUUCAACUACGUUUUUCACUAUGGGCGGCGUCCAUAUCCCUGGAGCAGAGUCGUCUACCGCGUUGACGGUACAGACGAAACUCUCACCUUGGCGCAACUGGAAGAGAAAAGUCGUCGCUUCGCGAGGGCAAUCAAGAAAAAGUACGGCGUACAACCAAAUGAUGUAAUCCAAUAUCCCAUUGCGUUUUUUGGUGCGCUGGCUGCCGGUGCUACUGUUGCUCUAAUUCCUCAUCAGAAGGAUUUGUCUGCUGAAGAUGUUGCUGGUCGACUGUCCCAGUCCAAGUCCAAACUCCUGAUCACGGACGGCGCUUUAUUGCAUAUCGCCGAGACCGCGUCCGGCCUAGUUGGAGGCGUACCCAUUAUCACGCUGGAUAACGCAGACAACGAGACCGCAAACCUGCAAGAUUUGCUGUCACAAGCGCUGCCUAGUGAAAGCACCUUUGAACUAAAGUCUCACAAGGAAGCCGAGGAACACGAUGCCUUCAUCAACCGCACCAGCGGCUCAACAGGCAACAUGAAAUCAGUCCUUGUCUCACACAGCCAUUACAUUGCCACCCUGGAAGCCACUUGGAGAACAGUCCCGGUCAGUACAGAUCCCGAGCGCGAUGUCUGGCUGACUAGCUCGUCACUGGGUUUCCUGAUCAAUGCCAAACUCUUCAUGUCGCUAAACAUCUUGCUGGGCAUUCCUGUGGUCAUCAUGCCCGAGCCGCUAGACGAAGAGUCCAUCUCCGUUAUCCAGCGCCACCAAAUUACCUUCAUUCUCGUCUUCCCGCCACUGGUGGCCAAACUGGCCAAAUCGAACCUCAAUCCAAAAGAAGUCGAGAGCAUCAAAUGGCUCCUUUCCGCAGGCGCAACCAUACCAGAGAAUCUACGACAAGCACUGGCGACUCGGUUUCCAAAAGUAGACCUCACUCUGGAAUGGGGCACGAGCGAGACUAUGCUCAUUGCCAUUCAGACCAGCGAUCCUGUGACUCGCAAGGCAGGCUCCAGUGGUAUUCUCGUAAACGGAAUACAGGCUCGUGUUAUCUCCACCGAGACGGGCAAGGAGCUAGGAGCAAGUGAACGGGGCGAACUACUGGUCAGGAACUCACUUGCUCGGUUCCGUGGCUACAAGGACAACGAUGAGGCAAAUCGUGAGUUUGACCAAGACGGCUUCUUUCAUACCGGUGACUACGGAUACAUUGACGAAGAACGCAAUGUCUACAUUAUUGAUCGUUUGAAGGAAUUGCUACGUGUGGGAGAUGGUUACGGCAGUCGCAUUAGCGCCUCUGAGCUUGAAAACGCAGUGUUUGAGCAUCCUGCGGUUAGUACCGCCGUGGUGGUUGGCAUAUGGGACGAGAAUACGGCAACGCAACAUCCAACGGCUUUUGUCGUUCCCCUGAAGAAUUAUCAGGACCGUGUGGGACGUGCUCUUGCGGAGGAUAUCGAAGCAUUCAUCUCGACCAAACUUACGGGGCUGAGAAGGUUGAGUGGCGGCGUGUAUUUCAUCGACUCGUAUCCUACCACUGGAUUCAAGAUCAAUCGGCGCGCACUCAAGGCCUUGCCCAGGGAUGAGGUGAGCAGAGUUGUUGGACAGAGCUUUCAUGUUUUUCAACCUGCAUUGCACCCUCAGGAACACGCUCAUCAUGGUCUUUUGACUACCGUUUAA